UCACGGCGAGAUCAUCGAUCAAAUAACGCGAAAUUAUUUGCGUGAGUGUGGUACCUAUUUUUUUUCCGCGUUUACAUUUAAAAUUAAACUCUUAAGUGCUUUUUAUAUGUUUAAUUAAUGGUAAAAAAAACAAUCAUAUAAUUGCUACUUUCUAAGUUCAAUUGUUUAAUUCUAUUUUAAGUCUUAUCGAGACUUGUUUUCGUGUUUGAUUCAAUAAGUGAAUAAUUUACAGUGAUGUGCGCGUUACAAUUGAAACAUUCCCACCCUUUUAUCGAUGGUUUGAAAAAACACCCCGAAGGGAAAAAGAAGGAUAUGCAAAAGAUCAAGUCUUGGAUGUCAUCACAACCCCAUCUACCGGAAGUGACCGAAGAAUUUAUCUAUCUCUUUCUUCAUGCCUGUUAUUACUCACACGAGAAAACAAAGAGCGCAAUAGAAGCAUGGUUCACCAUCAGGGCGAACUACCCAAACAUUUUUUCAAACAGGGACCCCAUGGAGCCCAAGAUGAAGAAUUUAUUGGACAUGGGAUACUUAAUGCGGCUUCCAAAAACUACCCCAGAAGGAUACAGGGUGCUUUUGUAUUCUGUUCGAGACCCAGACCCUACCAAAAUGAAUUUCAACGAUGUGGUUAAAGGAUUUUGCAUGUACAACGAUUGCGUUUUGUCUGAAGAUGGAUUGCAAGAAGGAUACAUUGUGAUUUUUGACAUGAAGGACGUAUGCAUCGGACACCUUGCCAGAGUCAGUUUGCCAGCUUUAAAAUGUUUUAUGUAUUACAUUCAGGAUGCGCACCCUUGUCGGCUAAAGCAGAUCCACGUAUUAAAUACCGCAAGUUGGAUUCAGCACGUGAUGAGAUUGGUCGUGCCCCUGGUGCGAUCGGAGCUAUUGAAUUUAGUUAAAUUUCAUAAAGGAAAUCUUCCGGACAAUUUCCCCAUAGAACUUCUCCCGAUGGAUUACGGGGGUGAAGCACCAACCGUAGAAGAUCUUGACACCUCCACCAAAUCCCUUUUGGGAAAAUAUCGGGAUUGGUUGGUAGAAUCGGAACAAUUUAAAUCGGACGAAACGAAGCGAGUUAAAAAGGCCAGUUGGUGGGGAUUAUUUUCUAGUAAAACUCCCCAGCAAGUCGAGUUAGACGAGAAAACCAUUUUGAAAAAUCUUCAGAUCGAUUAAUUCAUUGGAUAUGACAAAUUUUUUUAUUAUGGUAGAUAGGAAAAUUAUUGGGUAAAACUUUUAUAAGAAACCUUAUUGUAUUUAUAUGUCGUGUUCUAGUUUAUAUACUUAAAUCAGGUGUUUAAUGUAUAUCUUAACAUUUUUGGAUCCCACAUUAAUGUUUCCUCAAAAAAAUUGUUGCAUUGUGUAUAAAAGGUAUAUUAUUUGUGGUAAUAUAUAUAAAAUGUUUUUGGUACAAA